UGCGGUUAGAGCAUUCGGCGGUUUUGAGUGUGUGAGGAGCACUGGUUAACUCGAGAGGCCCGUUAAUUGUGCGCUUGACAUUCUGGCUUUGGCUGUGCGAAUUAUAAACCGCUUUCAAGGGCCGCCGCCGCUGUUCUCCCGUUGUCCUCCCGCUCGUCAAUAAAUUAUAAUGUCCUAAUACCAAUUGACAGCGCUGGGAGCGUUGGCGGCAUGAAUAAAAUAUCAAAAGCAUUUUGGGCCCCAAGGUCUGCUGGCGUUAUCAUCAGCGAAUGAGCAGAGCCAAUUCUCCGGUGUGCCGAAGCUUAAGUUGAUUUUAUUUUUCGCAUCUGGGCGCAGCAGAGCAGGGCCGACUCACAUCCGACACAUCCCCUUUGAAUUUAUUAAAUAUUCAGCGUUUAUACGCAACAACACGAAGUCGUUGCUCUUGUUUUCGCCCUUUGCUCCCAUUUUUGUUCUUUUCGCCGAGCGGAUGGGAUGUAUCAAGCUGGGAACCAAAACAAUCCUAAUGUACAUUGACAGUGUGGUCGAAGGCGAAGCUCCUACUGAGCCACAUCGCCACCCAUCCACAUCGACAUCAACUUCUAUAUCCACAUCCAUAUCCGCCCAGCGGGCUUAGCGAGUCAUGUUUACUUAAUGGAUACGCCAGGCAACUAUUAAGUGCUCCCCAAGCUCCGGGGCCCGUUUCUUAUUUACCAUCUAAGCACGGCCAAGCGGAUAUUAGAUUUAAUACGGCCAUGUCAGUUAGCCACAUUAUCUGAAUGUGCAUUAAAGCCACGGCUGCAGCUAAGCUCCUCGCUUCAGAAAUUAAGAGCACCCUGCCAGAGCCAUUAUACGUACUGAUUAUCGCUCCUGGAAUUAUCCCGCCAGAGAGACUGGCCCGUAUUAGCCCCAGAAAUUGCGAUUUGACUGUCCCCGGGGGAAGCCUGCAUUGGGUUAUCUCGAAUGUCCUAUCUCCAGACCAUUACCCCUUCCCGCAGGACAACAAAGGAAUUCCGCGGAAGAACUCGCUGCGGCCAGAUUCCUUUGCUUUCCUUUUUAAUUUUAAUGCGUAUCUUCCUGCUGCAGGACAACAGCAACGGCAAAGAGCGGCAGGUGAGAGAAGUGAAAGCAGAGCCCGAAGCCAGGCAAAAAGUAAAAGAAUUAAGACAAGUUGAAGAGCGAGUAACAGACACUGCCGGCGGGCGGUCCAAAAAGCCAACUUCAUUUACGUCUGAAACGCAGUUGAAAUAAACGACUUCACGACACUGGCGGAUUUCCUAAAAAACAUCCAAUCCCUGUGGCUAACGAGCUGGCUGAGCUCUGGGAGGACCAGCGGGAGGACCAAGCGGAGCACCGGAGGAGGCUUCGGAAUCAGAGGAAUCGGAGGAACCGUUGGCCACGAGAAGCGCUCAGUCAACGUUUACACGCUCCAGCAGCCGCAUAAGUUUCCGCUUCACUUGGACGUGCACGGCGGCGGUAAUUGUAGCUUUGAUUGCCACCAGGAGCUGGACAGGAUCCGUCCCGGCGUCCCGGCACCCCGCCAGCAAUCAACACCUUCCUCGGCACCGGCCGAGGAGGUCUACGAAACCAAAUUUAUUGAAAGUUCAAUGGCCCGAACGAUGGACGACAUGGUCUUCCAGUGCAGCAAUCAAAAUUCGAUUUAUGUGCUUAAUGCCAGCUACGGCGCAUAUGGGGACUAUGGCACAUAUGCGGCAACAAAGCGUGAAAUAAAUGGCAGCCGGAGCAGAGCGGCAAAUCCAAUUGAGGCAACUUGCUCGAGUGGCGUCCUGCAACAUAAAUUCAAAACUUUUGGCAGUGCAGCCAGUGCAGCAACUACCGCUGCAGCAGCAGCAGCAUCACCACCAACAACAUUCGUGGAUGCGGCAGCGGGAAGCGCAUCUAACUACGUAAAUCCUGUCGCUACAUCAAUGUCAACCGCAAUGUGUUCACCGGCAACGGCGGCCCUGCAAAAAUUGUUCAAUUGCAGCGUCGGCGUCGCCUGCCAAAAUGUCACCCACUCCCACAGCAACCACAGCAGCAGCAGCAGCAGCAACACCAACAGCAGCAACAUCAACAACAGCAACAUCAGCAGCAGCCACAUCAAUGGCAGCAACAACAAUGCCGCCGCAAGCAACCAUAACAAUAGGUGCCUGUCAGCGGCAGGCGGAGUAACCGAAAACGGCCGGAAUCGGAGCCGGAGUGGCGAAUCGCUCGAUGGCGCAGUGGGAGUGGCCACCUCGACAGGAGGAGCAGUAGCAGGAGGAGCCGGUGGCCUCCCUCUGUUGCCUAAGAAGAAAUGCACCAAUGUCAAAUCAGCGCUUAUUGCCAAGAAGACAAAGUUUCUCAAAUAUCUCGAAGAGGAAAAAUGGCGCAGCGACGCAGCAGUUCCGGAAGAUACUGGUGCCGCCAGCAAUGAGGCGGAGCCACCCACCUCCAAUGGCAACAACAAUGGCGGGAACUUGAAAAAUCAGAGCAACAGUCGGGAGGCUGGAAUUGGAGGGGGUGCUGCUGGUGGAGGGCAGCUGAAUAAAUUGACCAACUGGAGCAUGCAUAAUGAGGACAGCAACGCAGCACUGACCAUCCAACAACAUCAUCAUCAGCAGCAGCAGCAGCAGCAGCAGCAGCGACAACUACAACAGCAGGCGAAAUCUAGUUUCGAGCUUUACCAGGAGGCAGCGGACAUUUUGGGCCUGAGUUGCAGCCUCUGUGAUAACUGCCGAUGCCUGGACUGCCAGAGCGGUUACUUUGACUGCGACGACGACGACGAGAGCUACUCGGAGCAAUCGCUGAUGGACGAUGAGUACGAUGAGUACGACUGCAGUGCGGAGGAGCUGCAGGCGGUGCUGACAGGACCCCGGGAUCAGGAGAGACCCCGCCUCCCGUGCUGCCAACUGGACUCGAACAACCACCCACCGCACAAAGGCGAUUCCCCGGCCGCACACACGCUGCCCGAAUCGGAGUCUCUGGGACACCGGGUGGCCAUCGAUUUUGAUUUAAUUAACGCCACUUGCAGCCAAGUGCUGGAAAAUUGUGAAACAUUCAACGAUCUGAGUCUGCUGGAUGCCGCCGCCGGAGCCGAGCGUCCUUUCACGUAAAUCCAGGUGUCGCGGACUGGCGGAGGUCGGGG